AUUUUAUUUUGAAAACACUACAUUCCAGACACACACAUAAUUAUUUUUUAUUAAAAAAAAAAAACAAAAAUGGAUAGGUCAAAAACAAAAAAAUAUCAAACAAAAGUCGCAAAGAUUUUUUAUUGCGACGAAGAUAAAAGCGAAAAGGCGUCAGGAAAAAAUGUGGAAAAGGCUACGGAGAAUCAAGACCCGGUGGAUCCGGAAUCCUGGAGUAAAUCGUCCAAGGACCUAGAUGAAAUCAACCUGGAACUCAAGGACAUCAAUAGAUCCAUUGACCAAAUAGAGGCCAGAUUAUGUCGAGAUCCCAGGCAGAUUGGAUGUUUUGAAACAGAGAAGUGUGUGGAGGAUGACGACGACCAGUGGAUGUUAGUCUAUGGUAGCCGGGAUGAGAGGAUCCGCCAGAUCCAGUGGAACUCGCGUCACAUCCGUCGCCAGAUGUCCGGCCUGGAAGAGUGCGCCACGAUCGCCACCGCUCGGAUCAGUGCGCUCGAGCAGCUCUUCCUCGACCAGACCUCGCACCUCUCGGAGCUACGCCGCCUCUAUGAAGUGGUGCGCUCCUUCCACCUGACCAAGGAGCUUGAGGCAAUGAAAUGUCUUCAAAGGUAUCGAUAUGCUCGCGGGCAGUUCGCCAGCUGGUGGGACAUUUCCAGACUCGGUCACUUCCUCAUCGAUUCGUUUAAAUUGCUAGUGGAUCGCACCGAAUCCCGUAGGAGCUAUCUGGAGCGGAAGCGCCACGUUAUUGAGCAGAUAUCGGCGACCAAUGAGUUCUGCAUGGCCCAAUGCCGGGAGGCCUUGUUGAGCGUCCGCCAGCUGGACCUAGAUCUAGAUGUGAUGGGUAUUGGUAGGGUAUCGGAAGCAUGGGGGCGACCCGAAAGCGUCAAUUCGGCAUCCGUAGGCCAGUCCGCUGAUAGCCGACUAAUCGGACGGGCAAUGCUUGUACGAUCGAAUCGGUGGUCUGGCCUCUAUGGGUCGCCCAAGGCCAUUAAGUUCAGUCAGGGCGAAAUUAUGGAGCUUCCGGUGAAAGUGCCGACGGUGGCCAAUACCUGGUACGGUCGGAUGCAGGAAUUGCUACAUGGCGAUGCCCAUAAAAAAAAGGCCAAGAAACAAUUCGAAAAUUCCUCUUCUCCGUGUAACGCUCUCCCUAAAACAUAGAUAUUUUUGUUAAAUUUACAUUUUACUUUUUGUUAAGUCAAAAAUAUAUAACAUUUCUGCAAUGAUUGCAGAUUUUUAAAAUUAUGUACUUCGUUGUCUGAUCCUAAAAAAUUAAUUAAUUAAAUUUUUAUUAAAUCUCUCUUUGAAAAAGCUUAAGAGUCCAAUUAAUCUAAAACUGUAAUGGAUAUUACAAUUUCUACUGCCUACUUUGCGGCUCCCCUAAUCAGUGAUUACUAAUCACAAUUUUAAAUAAAGAUUAUGAAUUUGAUUGUUUUCCUCACGUAAAAUAAUCAAGAGAAGAUAAUACGAUGAAUGAAAGAACCAAGUUAUAAUCAGUCGUUGAUUUAGUAUCCCACUAAACCAUAUCUCCCUUCUACUAUCAAGUACGAACUUCAUUGAUUGCGCAGAGUAUAAAAGGAGCCCCUGAAGCCAAAGAGGAGCAAGUUGUUUUCGCAACAUGAAGGUAUUCCUAACUAUUCUGGCUCUGGCCGUGGCCUCCGCUUCGGCCUACGAAGGCAUUGUCCACCCCAAGGACCUGCCGAAGGUGGCCAAGAUCGAGGGCCGCAUUACCAACGGCUACCCGGCGGAGGAGGGCAAGGCCCCCUACACCGUGGGAUUGGGCUUCAGCGGAGGCUGGUGGUGCGGUGGCUCCAUCAUCUCCAACACCUGGGUCCUGACUGCCGAGCACUGCAUCGGAGAUGCCGCCUCCGUGACCGUCUACUUCGGAGCCACCUGGCGCACCAACGCCCAGUUCACCCACUGGGUUGGCAACGGCGACUUCAUCAAGCACUCCAACGCUGACAUCGCUCUGAUCCGCAUCCCCCACGUCGACUUCUGGCACAUGGUCAACAAGGUGGAGCUGCCCAGCUACAACGAUCGCUACAACGACUACAACGAGUGGUGGGCCGUGGCCUGCGGCUGGGGCGGCACCUACGAUGGCUCUCCCCUUCCCGACUGGCUUCAGUGCGCCGACGUCCAGAUCAUCCACAACUCCGAGUGCGCCGGUGUCUACGGAACCGGCCUCGUGGGCGACAAUAUCAUCUGCAUCCGCGUCGUCGAUGGCAGGGGAACCUGCGGUGGAGACUCUGGCGGUCCUCUGGUCACACAUGACGGCGGCAAACUGGUGGGUGUCACCAACUGGGUUUCCGCUUCCGGCUGCCAAGUUGGUCACCCUGCUGGCUUCCAGCGUGUGACCUACCACCUGGACUGGAUCCGCGAUCAUACCGGCAUUGCUUACUAAACGAAAUAAAAAUUAUUCGAAUGCAUUAA